CGAGGACGGUGCUUCCCCGCCUCGGCCUCCGUAGCCUCUUCGCGGGGUGCUCUUUGGGGUCACAUUGAAAUCGAAUACAGGCAGACCAGCCCUCAACAGCUAAAGCAGAAACAUGGCCCCAGGGCAUGGGCACGGACAUGAACAUGGUCAUAAUAAGUUGGAACUUCCAGACUAUAAACAGUGGAGAAUAGAGGGGACUCCAUUGGAGACUGUCCAGAGGAAGCUCGCUGCACAAGGACUGCGGGAUCCCUGGGGCCGCAAUGAAGCUUGGAGAUACAUGGGUGGCUUUGCAAACAAUGUUUCCUUUGUCGGUGCUCUCCUAAAAGGGUUCAAGUGGGGAUUUGCCGCCUUUGUGGUGGCCCUGGGGGCCGAGUAUUACCUGGAGUCCCUGGAUAAAGAUAAGAAGCAGCACUGAGGAUGUACCUGAGAGUCCUCCAGUGACUUGUUCACUUGUGAAGAUAAGAUUUCUCCACGGUAGCCUGCUUGCCUGUCUGUGUGUGUGUGUGUGUGUGUGUGUGUGUGUGUGUGUGUGUGUCCCUUAAAGAAUGCUGGUUAAGAUUUAAUAAA